AUGUCUGCCACUCUGAAAUCUCAUCUAUCAUCGCUUCUGCAAACCGGCGCAGGAAGUGACAUGACCAUCAUCAGCAAUGACCGCCACUUCAAGUUGCAGGAGGCAAUCGACAACACAUUCACCAUCCAAAACUUUGACACGGACACGGUGAAUCGAAUGCUGCAAUUCAUGUACGGGGUUACAUAUGAUGAAGCUCCUUCCGAAGAGAAUAACCAGGUUGAUGGGGAAACUCAAUCUGAGCUUUCUCCUUCAGAUCAAGUUCGGGAUCACUUAAAGGUCAACAGGAUCGCAGACUUUUACCAGCUUCCAGAGCUUGCUUCUCUUGCGUCAUCACGUAUCAAGCUCAUCCUUCAGGAAGAUUGGUCGUUGGAUUGCUUCAUGACUGUCGCCGCUGAAUUGCCGCACCUGGCUGUCUGCCGAAACCUGUCAGACAUGGCAGCAGAAAUCGCAAUGGAUCAUCUGCAUGAAUUCGUGUCUGACAACCGUUUCGAGGCUCUCGAGGUGAUUGAUCGAUUCGCUUUUAAACUGUUGCGCGAUUGCGGCCAGAACGUGAAGGCCAUGCAAGAGGAGCUUGAAGCCCUCAGAACUUGCUUGGCAAAGGCUAAUAAGACUUUGCAAAACGCGAAAGAUAGUCUUGAGGUGCUCCAAAAGACGGAAAAGUGUCGGCACUGUGCGGUAGGCAAGUUCGAUUGCUAUAUAGCACCGGAUUACAUACUUCGAUGCUCAAAUUGUAACACAAAGCACCGGGAAUAA